ACCAACAUCGCCAAGCAGUCCCCCCUUACCCUCCUCCAACAACUCAACAACACAAGCCCCUGGCCUGUCAGUCGGUCGCACUAUGACGCAGUAGAAGGCCGCGAUUCUAGAAAGCUAUUGUGUGCGAGUUGGUGGUCAAAUUGUUCAACAAUCAUCACCAACAAUGACGAUUCAACAAACCUGAGACAGGAAGAGCCGAUGCUAAAAAAAUGUCGGCAGACUCGCCUAGAAGGGGGCUGCACAAGGGUGCCCAAGUGAUAUCGCCCCAGCCAAUAAGUGACAGAUCGAUAAUCGAUAGUGUAGCUGGUAUCAUCAACGACAUUGUGCCCCAAGCCUACACCAGUGUUCCAAAUUCGGAGGCCAAGGAGACCAUUACCUGGGCGAGAUUCGAAUAUGGCGACGUUAACGAUCCAUCCCUCUUUCCUGAUUACAUCGAGGGAUCUAGCACACCCCCAUUGCUUCUCGUAUUAGGGUAUGCAACAGGGGUUCAGGUCUGGAUAAUAUCAGCAUCUGGUGAAGCGACUGAGGCAUUGUCCUGGAGGCAGGGGGUCGUUCGCACCCUUAGAAUUCUCCCCGAUCCUCUGACGGACGACGAUCAUCCUGAUCCGUAUGUGAAGAAACGGCCGAUUGUUGCCAUUUGUGAUUCUGCUGGGCCAGGACCCCAAUUCUGCAGUGUUAGUUUUAUAUCGCUGAAGACUGGGGAACAGACCAAGAGCAUCAAAUUCAAGAAUCCUGUCUGCGAUGUCCUGGCGAACAAGAGAUCGGUGGUCGUUACAUUUUCGGAGAAAAUCGCUGUCUUUGAUGCUCGAACAUUUGACGAUGUUCUCACCGUCACCACGUGCUACCUGAGCCCUGGACCCAAUCCUAAUCCUGUGGCACUGGGAACGAGAUGGCUGGCAUACAGUGAAAAAAAAUUAUUGCCUGCUCGUCGUAGCAGUGGUGGUAGUGAAGGUGAGGGUGUCCAGAGUUACACAGCAGCUGUCUUGUACGCAGCAAAAUCCCUGGGAAAGGGCCUCCGAGGUCUGGGUGAAACAGUGGCGUCAAGCUUAACUGGAUCAACAGCACCACCAAUUCCUGUUAACAAUGCUGCUGUCGAUGUAACCCAGCCAGGUGUCGUGACAAUUCUAGAUCUUCAAGCAGCCAAAGAGGAGAAGGAAUUUGAUGAUCCAACGAUCGAGACUGUUGUCGCUCAUUUUACAGCACACAGUGACGCCAUUGUUGCCAUGACAUUUGAUGAUACUGGUGCUAUUCUCAUGACAGCUGAUCGCAGGGGACAUGAUUUCCACGUUUUUCGUAUACAACCACAUCCUGGUGGGCCAACUCUAGCUGCUGUUCAUCAUCUUUAUGUUCUUCACAGAGGUGAUACAACUGCCAAAGUACAGGAUAUGGUAUUCUCCAGUGAUACCAGAUGGGCAGCUGUUUCAACUGUCAGGGGAACAACUCAUGUUUUUCCAGUAGCACCUUAUGGUGGUGCUGUUGGUAUGAGAACUCAUUCAACACCACAUGUUGUCAACAGAUUGUCCAGAUUUCAUAGGAGUGCUGGAUUGACUGAUGAUGGAACUAGAUCACAUUCACCAGUUUCACAUACGGAAAUUCCAGUUUCUGGAUAUCCUUAUUCUAAUCCGAGACUUCCUCCGUAUCCACAUCCGACUAUUUUACAUCCACUUGCUCAGAUACGUCAACCAUCGACACUCAAUCACAGUAACAAUCAGAUACAGUUGGGUCGACCUCAGCAGAGACAGCGCCUGCAUUCGGACGACAAUGGUACAUUACCAUUGAAAAUCUGUGCUUGUUUUGCACCACCACGAGCCUGGAUAUACUCUCAACGUGACUCAACAAGUAAAGUGUCAAAACGAGCUGUUGAUUCAUUGUUUAUAAUGGCAUGUCAUGGUAAUAUGAUUCAGUACGACUUAGAACCAAAACCAGCAGCAGGAAUCCCCAAGGAGAAGGUCUGCGAUGAUACGAUGAUAGAGCUGGAGGUGGAGGCCAAGGGUCAGUGGCCAUUGCUCAGAAUACCAAACUCCUUGGAGAUUAUUCCCCCAUUACCAUCAUCGAGUCAUCUCCUGUCCUACUCGGGCUCACCCAAGAGAACGAGGCAGAUGGACACGGCUGAGGAUCGUUGGUUGAGCCAAGUGGAGAUUGUCACUCACGCUGGACCACACAGGAGACUCUGGAUGGGGCCACAAUUCGUAUUCAAGACUUACAACGCUCCCAGUGGUGUGAAUUUGGUGGAAUCUGAGGCUGUGGAGAUCGGUGUCACUGGAGGAUCACGACCUGCGAGGUCAAAUCCUGUUAACAUGCCUCAUGCAGCUCCUAGGCCUUUGGUGCCAGUUGUUAUUGAUGGAUCCGGAAGUAGUUACGAGCAAUCCCCAAGGUUUGUGGAAGCCUAUGGUGAUCCCCUGGAGAACGAAACCAUGGACAUGGGUAAUGGUGAGAAUCAGCUCCGUGAGGACCUCGCCGAAGCUAUGAUUGAACCACCACCUCUGACAAAUCGUGUUCCCGGGAGGCGAUUGGUAGUUGAGAGGGUGGGACAGCCAGUGACAAAGGUGGUCAACCCCCUUGGUACAGUGAUAACAGUUAUGGCGGAUGAAGAUGAUGCGUCCUCAUCACAGGAAUUUGAUGACGAUACAAUAGCUGAGGGCCCAAGAAGUGUUUGCGCCGAAGAGGGACCAGCAUCCCUUAACGAUAUCGAUACAGAUGUCAAUCCACUUCGUAAUUUAACGGAAAUAUGCGCUGAAAUGAGAUCAGCAAGUGAACCAGCAAUUGAUAAUGUACCUGAUGAUGAAAUACGUGAUGUCAAAGAGCACAAACAAUUGUGCGUUGAGGCAGCAUCAAUGACAUCAGACAGCUGUAUCAUUGAUUAUCAUAGGGAUUCAUUCAGAGAUGUACCAACAAGUUUGAGCCUCUGUGUUGAGCAAGGUGAGAUACCAAGGAGUCCAAUGACACUGGCACGUGAAAAUUCAUGGAUUAAAAAAUCAUCAAAACGUGAGGAUGAUGUACAUGAACGAAGUAUUGCUGCUGCUAAAUACGUUGUUAAUUAUGAUGACGAUAGUAUUGUACUUAUGGAGAAUAAAACAACAGAGUUUGAUAAAUAUUGUGAUGAGCCUGAGCCAGAGAAGAUUAAUAUGAGAUUGGGUUUAACAGUCGGUAAGAGAAAUAAGAAGAAAAAUUCAGUUGUGCCAAAGUAUCGUCUGCAGGAGCACGAGGACAGUGUCAUUAUUGAGGAUACAACGGUGAUUAAGAAGAUGGAUGUGAAAGUUGUGGAGUCAGUUGUUGAUACUGAACAUGAACCAGUGAUGGAGAAGGUUGUGGAGACAGUUGGGGAUACUGAAGAUAUGAUUGUUGAGAGAAGUGAUCAGACGAUUGAUAAUUUUAUUGAACUCAAGGCCCUUGAAGCACUCACUGAUGAGGAUUAUCCACCUGGGACUGAACCAAUGGAUGCUUCUGUAUCAAGUUUGGGUAAGAUUAAUCUACCACUGGAGAUGCCUGUUCUGGAUGACUUCAACUGCAUGGAUUAUCACAUUAUCGAGCCCAAUAUCUUCAACAAGGAGACUUAUCAUGUUUCUGAUGAUGAUAUCGAGCACAUAAGUUCGGAAAUUGUUGUUGAAUUUGUGGAUACGAAGCUCGAGCGGUUUGAGAAACUCGAUAAUAUUCAGGAUUACGAUAUAUCACCGGUGAGACACAGAAAGGGUAGCAAGAGCACUAUUUCUGAUGAUGAUAUUGAACAUAUACAGGCGUCGGAGAUAACAGAAUUAUUGGAGCGUGCCAAGUCAUUUGCGAUGGAGCGCGAUGACUUUGGUAGAAAAGGAGUUCUGUCUGAUGAUGAUUUGGAGCAUGUUUCGAGUGCAGAGAUACCGGUGGAUGUACCACAAUCACCAACACUCUGUCCAUCAUCACCACCAGUCGAUAGUAAAUCCCCAGAGCCACUUGACAAACCACCACCGAUGAGAUAUCGUGGCUCGAGAAAACGAAAGGACGUUGUUGUCAUUGAUUCUGAUCCAGCAGAGGCCGAAGUGACAGUCAUUGUGAACUCUCUGGAGACACCCAGUGUCUGGAAUAAGAGUAAGAGCCCAGACAAGGAUCUCACCGAGGAUGUUGACAGGUGUAAUGAGCCAAAAACUGAUCAGAAUUCGUCGCAGAGUCUUCCCAAGAAGACACGAGUCAGAACACCAAAGGCAGGACAAAUUCCAAAAGUCUCUAAUGUCAUUGAGAUCAUUGAUAUCGAUGCUAUGCAGAAAGCUGAUAUGGAGAUUGCUGGACCACCACCACCAGAAUGCAAGAUUUUAGACGGUUUUGGUGACAUGUCGAUGAGAAUGAAGAAGUCCAGGAGGAAGAAGGUACCUUCUGCUGAUGGUGAAGCAUCUUCCAAGGCAGAUGUCACUGAGAACAAUUGGGAGAACCUUCACAAGCCGAGAAUCGAGGAGCAGAGGGAUGUGGUGCAGGUGGAUGAGGAAAAGGUCAACAGAGAGAGGUGUGAUGACACUGGACAGGGGGAUAAGAGUAUCAAGAAGAGGGGAAAGAAGACUGUUAACUCGGUCAAUGAUAUCAACUCUGGCUCAGGAUCAGAAACUGGUGGCUCUGGGGGUGGUGAGGGGGAACAGGGGGUGGGUGAUGAGGGGGGGAAGGGGGGUGAGGUGUGCAGUGAGGAUAAGGGAAUGAAACAGAGUGAUUCCGAUCAGGAUAAUCAACCGGAAAUCUCUAGCUCACCCGAUGAUCUCAAUGCUAAUGUUGUGCCUAUGGAUACUGAGGAGGAUAGUGGUGUUAAAGAUGUCAAUGAUAAAAAUCAGUUGACAGCGUCACCGUCUUGGUCGACUGUUUCUAAGAAAAAUUGUAGAUCGAAGAAGAAAAAGAGGAGAUGAGUGGAGGACUGCGUAGACAUGCCUAGGGCGAGCCUUGCUCUUUAUAUUCUUCUCUUGCAAGUUACGGGGGUUGAUU